GGAUGCACUUUGCGGGCUUCUACGAGAUUACUGAUAAAGAAAUCCUCGAGUCUGACAUCUACAAGAAACUUCUAAGCUGGGCCCUGGGCGAGGAGCCUCCACCUGACCUCAUCAUAAUAGGAUAUGGUACGUGGAUGAUGCUGCUGGAGUUCCUUCGAAAUGAUUUUAGGCCGCCCUUGACUCUCUUGCAUAACCAAUGGGACAUCCACGCCGCCGUUCUACGCAUGUUGUUGAACUUGAAGGAUACUACACGAGUCUUAUUCCUCUCUCAAAAUAUGCAAAAGCCCCAUGCCUAUAAGGAAAAAGAGCCCGCUCCUUUUGAAAAACGAUCUCGAAUGCCGUGGAUCCAUUUCUCUAAUCUCGGAUGGCUGAAUCUUAGAGAAAAACUCACCACAUUUCAUGCGCCUUACGCUGGAGGAAAUAAAUCUGAUUUCUGGAGAGCAGUUUUUGCAAGACGUAGCAAUGCAUUUUCAUUUCUACCGAAGUCCAUUUCAUUUCGAGAUCGUUUCAGAAUUCUUAUGGAUGAACUGCCAAGUGUUAGUAAGGAGUCCCACAGGAGUCAACAUGAAUCUUCAUCUGAUCUUGAAGGACAUUCGGGGAUUUGGUUCUGGGAUUCGACACAACCUGUGGCGUUUGCUUCGUUACGAGAUUGCGAUACGCUUUUCCAUCACGAUCCAAUGUCGUCAUACAUAAUCCCGUAUGCCUACAAUAUAGACCCCAAGACUACCCACCCUUACACGUAUGGCCUGCUCAGUAAGUUGGACUUUCCACCGGAAAAACUUUUCCAGCUCCGCAAUCGUCGAUCUGAAGAGGUUCAUUCACCAACAGCCAACGUAACAAAAGAAAUAAGACCUAACGACGAACCGUACACGAAUACUUUUUUCCGUAAAAUGAAAACACUUCCAAAAAAUGUAUUUGUAAAGCAUUCAGAGUCUUCAUUUGAGCCAGGAAAUUUGUAUUUAGACCAACUUGACGAUUAUUAUGACAAGUUUGCUACAGCUUACGCCUUCCAAGACUUGUACUGCCGAAAUCCAAUGCAUGCUGGCUACCUAGUCAAGCAAGUGGAAGCGUUGCAGAUCCUCAAUAUGAUAUGCAACCAAUUCAUGGAUAUUGAUAGUAGCUUUUGUUGUCGUAAUUAACAAAGAUGAAAAUCACUAAUAAUUAUAAUCCAUCCAGAACCCGCUGUGGUAUUUAAAGAACCUGAUGUGGUUUGAAGGAUGGAUGUUACUUUGUGACGUCCGUGAACUGAAAUCUCAACAAAUUUCUGCUUGUAAUUGUACCUGAUUUACGUUUAUGUUAUUACGUUAAGUUUAGGAAUCGGGCUCGCCAAGCUCCUGCGUUUCCAAGUAAGUCGCUUUGCUAUACGCCGCCAUGUUUGUCGCACACUCGAGCCUUAGCUUACUCUUUCGUUCCUACACGUUUGGUGGCAAUGGAGAAAGAAAGAGCAAAGCAGAAAGGAUUAAGCUAUUGUCGAAAAUUUCUUCUUCAGCGAGAGACCGGUAUUUAAUAAAAUCGUUCGACAUUAACGAUGUUGAUCCCUACAAAGUGCCGGCUAAGCAAUGGUGUGCAGAUUUUACGAGCCUGUCUCCCGUUUCACACGGUGAUUUACCGAACUAUUUAGUGUUUGGUGUCACCAAUACAUCUUGCAAGAAUUCAAGACAUACAAGACGCUUGAAGCUUUCAAGCAAUUUGUGGAUGGAUGGGUGCAAGAGAUAUACAUACACUAACAAACCGGCCAACUGCAACAACACUGUCAUUGUUGCCAAAAUGAGGAUAAUGGAUCAUGGCAAUGCAAUCUGUUCUGUAAAUAUUACACGAAAGAAAAAAAGAAGCACUGUGGUUAUAAUU